AUGGUCGCGAAGGCGCAGCAAGAUGUGCAGCUUGGAUCAGCAGCUCCAUUGAACCCGUCCUCUAUCGACAUCCUAGCUGAUCUCUGUCGCCACAGCGCCCUCGCAGCAGCCCGACCCAACAAGGCCAAAUGCGAAGGCGUCGGGCGUCUGCUCGGGCAUGGCUCCGACCUUCACGCAGACAGUAUGAUUCCAGUUGCUGCUGGACCUCCACUGGCAGCAGCGAGUUCCACUAUGCCCGUCGUGGCGUCUUUAAGAGCUAUCUUACAACACCGACACCUGCUGGAGUAA